AUGACAUAUGAGUUGAGUCGAUUGUCCAUUUCCUUGGAAGAAAAUAAUAGAAUUGCAAGAAAAAAAGUCCGCGAAGAAGCCAGGACACAAAGAUCCAUUGCUCUCUUUCAUACACUUAUGACUGAAGGUCAUUGUAUAAGCCCAAAUCAAAUGGAAUCCCUCAAGGCCAGGGCAGAUGCCAAUGGUAUGCCCCCACCGUCCAUAGUAGACACCAGGAGACUUCCGCUGAAUACUGUUUAUUCCGAGAUGCUACAAAAGAUGUUUACAAGAUUAGCAUCGAAGCCUGAGGAUGAUGAAGAUUAUGAAGAGGAGGAUACUGAUGGUAGCGAUACUAACGAUAUGACCGAUGAUGAUCAUAUAAAGGAGCUGAAAGGAAUAUUAAAAAAAGAAGGAUGGAAGACUGAGGAUUUUGUAAAGUAUAAAGGGGAGGAGAAAAGAGUCUCUAAUAAUGAUCAUCUCUUUGACCCAAAAAAGGUGUUUACUAAAGCAGGACUAAAGCCUGAAGAUUAUAAGGGAGAAGAAAGAGAAGAGAUGGAGGAGGGACAUGAAGAAGACCUAGUGGAGGUCAAGGAUGAAGAGGAGAGAGAUAAAGUGGGGGGAGAAGCGAUGAACAGCUAUGAGGAUAAGACAAAACGUAAAUCAGUUGAAGUUGAGGACGUCGACGAUGGCGCAAACAGGUUGAAAUAA